AUGACGGCAGUUACUCCCAUAGGCUGGGACCGCCGUUACUCCCAAUCAGCAACGGCCACGUCUUCUGGCCCCUCUCCCAGAGCUCCCCGUGGCGCGAACGGAGUUGCAACCGGAGCUCCUGCAGCUUCGCCGAAAGCUCCGAGAACGUCCCCGUCGAGCGGCACUCUGUCGGGUGCUGGCGGGCUAACCACUCGGCCGUUAGGCGCCUCGCCCCUGCCUCCUCGCCUCGCGUCUCCGAAAGUUCCGCGUCCGAGUGUCGCGGCGCCUCUGGCACCUAAAACGUCGCCACAAACUCCGCGCAAUGCUUCGAUUCCGCCGCCGCCGGUGUUUUCUCCUCUGCCCAACACGUGGUUGAGCGAUAAACUGUCCGACCCCAAGGUGCACGGGAGCCUCCUCCUCUACAACCGCGGACUACCCGGGUCAGCGAGCGACGGCGAUAAUCGCGAAGUUCGCGAAGGAGCGUCUCCAAAAGUGUCGCUGGUUCGCCACGAUGGCGCGGGUGGCGAAGUGCUCGUGCGAGCUUAUUCGUUCCAGGGCGGGCCUGGUGGCAGUGCUUCUGCCGGCCGCCACGCGGAGAACGCGCAAACCGAGGGAGGGGGACAGCAAGCGCAAACCGCAGCGGACGAGCACUGCGUAGAAGAUGGCGGAGCGCUCGUUAUCGCGAACACUCUUCGUCGCAACUACCAGCUCGGAAACCGGUCCGAAUCGACGACACGUUAUCGGAAUGGAUAUCUAGCUGACGUGGCAGUGACGGGGGAGGAUCUGGCGGAUCGGAUUGGCCUCCCUUCCCGCGCUCCCGCUUUUACUGCUUACGUCGCCGCUUCGCGGAAGCUUCAGCAACUUACGCUGGAGGAUCUGACACGUCAGCUUCAGGAAAACGCAAUCUGGCCGUCCAAGUUCGAGUCGCUCAAGCAACGGUUGCAAUCGAGGGGCAUCGCGUCAGGCGGCCAUGAAGCAUCCAAGAAGCUUCCACGACUGCCGGCGGAAGGUGGCGGAAGUUCGGGAAGCCCAACAUCCGUCCUCGAAAGGACUCGUUAUAAGCUUGCCCGUUUACAGCCGCACCUCAUACAGUUUUACCGCUUUUGCCGACAGAUGCUGCUGGAUCUCCUCUUCUUGUCCGCGUUAAAAGAUGGCGACAGCACAGAGGCUCAAGUUACAAGCUCUCAGGGCUUACCUUUCAACGGGUUCGCGCUUCCAUGGGCAGCGGAGUUUGUUCCCACAAGCAGUAGUCUCGGAGCUAUGGUCUCGGGCGUGAGUAGAGCGAGUGGUGACUGUAACGGGGGAGCCUCGUUGAGGAGGCAGCAGCUCGCUGCCAAGUGGCUGGAUCUCUGCGUGGUCGCCGCUGGCGCGGGGAAGGAUUUUGCGCCCGGUGACCGUGCGCAAGCGCAGGCGCAAGCUAAGAGGGAAGCGGUUGGUUUGAAGGGAGCGUGGGACGCGGAAAAGAGCGACGCGCUUUUCGAGGUCCUGUCGCGGGUGCUGCUGGCGCUACGGAUGGACGAAAUCCUGGCGAAUGUGGUAACAGGAACUGUUGACGAGGAGGAAGAAGCAGCUGCGAGCGCUGCGGCAAGCGGAAAGCGUGCGGAGGAUGAAUUGGUGAAGCGGUGGCGCAGGCGUGCGAGUGACGGGAGCGGAACGCGCGGAGCGCUGGUGUUGUCGGUGAAGCUGAGCGGAACAGACGCGAGCCGCUGGGUUCUGCGGAUGGCGGGCGGCGUGGAUGCGCACGUGCGGCGCGUGGCCGCUGGAGUCAUCGAUCGGAUUCUGUGGGAUGUCGAAACGGGCCGACUGCAGAACGAGCUUGAGAAAGAAUGCGCCCGGCUGGACUCGAACCCGCGACCUGGUGGAAUCAGCGGGGCUAGAAGCCUUGGUGAAAUUUCAACGAUUUUGUCGUUACCCGAUCCGCUUUCCAGCCGUUUACCGAGAUCUCCCCUUUCUUUGUCGUCUAGCGAGAGCGACAGCAGCGGAAGCGACGGGGAAGAUGAAGGGAAAGGCGGAAGGGUGGGUGGGAAAACUCCAAGUUCCAUCCCCGCUAGUAGCUCGGACGUGCUUAUAUCGAGAGUCGCUGGUGCUUUGAUAGCGUCUCUUUGUGCUGCUGCUGCGCUUCCUGUCGGCGCGAAUGUUACAACCGGCGCUGGGGACGGAAGCAAAGCCUCGGCAGGCGGAAGUAUCUCAAGCGGGAAUAUCUCAGGCGGAGGACUCUCCCCUGAAAACAGGAGCUUAUCGCUGCCGACUGGAGUCGACCCAAGAAAACUGCUUCCCGCGUCAGCGUCCACGUCAUCGCCGCGCUCUUCCACGUCAGCCGGGUCUACUGCUUCUUCCGGCAGUAAUGCCGGCCCUGCGCAAGGGGGAACCACUGCGGAAGGGGAGGACGGUUAG